CGAAUCUGGCCGAGGGGGCUCGAAAGUUAAAAUUGGAUCCGAAAGAGAAGGAAAGUAAACCUCACUGUGAGAAACAUCAGAGAGAACUGGAGCUGUUUUGUGAAACUGACAGGAAAUUGAUCUGUCUGAUUUGCAGAGAUUGUCGGGAGCACAAAAGUCACGACCUCCGGCCGAUCAACGAAGCUGUUGAAAUCUACAAGGAUAAGCUGAAAUCUUCCUUAGAUUCUCUCACAGAGAAGAAAUCGGCGGUUCUACAAACGGAACUGACCCAGAAACGGAAGAUUUCCGAAGAGCAGGCGAGCAGUCUGCAGACCCACAUCACAUCCGAGUUCACUAAAAUGCGCCAAAUUCUCACUGAGAAAGAGCAGCGUUUACUCAGAGUUCUCGGGGAAGAAGAGGAGAGGAUUGUAGAACCAAUGGAGAAAAACCUUCGAGAGAUUCAGGAGAAUUUAAAUUCUAUUGAGGAGGAACUCUCAAAGUUGCAGAAACUGACGGAGCAAAAAGACGAUUUAAUCUUUCUGAAGGAGGAAGCUUGUCGGAAGAGAAGGUAGGACAUGCUCUUUACUGAAACUCUGCACAGUUUGUUCA